AUGUUGUCUCGAGAGAUGCAAUGCGCUUAUCGCAGCAAGUUUUGCAAUGCCCCACGUGCUACGAAACUUGAUGGUACAUUGCACAAACUCUGUGACUUUCAUCGACGAAAGGCAAAUGCCAACCAGCAACGACUACACAAGCGCAAGAAGCGUAUUCUCGAGCAACAGACUGCAUCUCUCUCCUCGGGCACGACAGAACCAAUUGACGGAUUCACGUUUCACAACAGCUUCGAUCAGCUAGAGGUCAAGAUCUUGGAAGUGUUACUCUUCGGGUCCGAGUGCGGAGCUAUAAGGCAAUCACCUCAGCUGUUAAUGAAGGACGAGGAUUGCUUUUUGUACCCCGUGUCGCCCACAACACCGUCAAUGGCGUUGGAGCCCGUAUCUGAUGGUCCCUGGCCAGUUAUGCUCUAG